GUCAUCGAGUCCCCAUUGGCAAGCGUCAUGGAGCAUACGAGCAAAAUCCUUGUGGCUUUCGCCAUCGCCUUCUUGGCCUCCUUAUCCGUGAGCUCGGCGGCUUACAUCAAGAAGGAUUUCAACACUGCGAAGAAUUUCGAGAAAAACGUCAAUUUUGAGCUGCCGCGGACUUUCCGCGAGAAGAGGCAUCUCAACGAACAUUUCGAUCUUUUUCUGGCUGAAGAUGAUGCCGCGAAAAUAGAGGAUGAACCGUCCGAAUUCCACGACAGGAGGGCGAUCGCGGAGGAGAUCAAGGGAACAAGUCUGAAGUAUGAAGAAGAGGAGAAACAGAAUGCGCACAAGGAAAAUAGCGAUACUGAGGGAAAUACUCUGGAGGACGCAGUUUCCUACAAAUAUCUGUACAACAUUAUUCAGGCGUUGACGUACGCUGAAAAUGAGGACUUGGUCGAGAAACUGCAAGAAUUACAAGAGAACUCCACGGAUGCCGAUGGCAACUUCAGCAAGCUACUGAAGAGAUUUGUGACCGAUCUGCCUUACGCACCCGUCGCGUUGUCUGGCGAUAUCCUGGGAACGGACUUCGAAGAGGAGAUUUCCUUGGAACAAUUGGACAGACAUUCUUGCCCGCUCGAAGCUUUCAGCUACGGCCAUUUCCAUCAUUCUGGCAGGUUAACGCACGAGUUUUUCUGCGAGAUAAGGAAAUUCAUCCACUACAUGCUGUACACCGUGCGUGGUUUAAAGUCUGAGCUCACCCUGGGACCUUUGUUCGGCGACGAGUUCGAGGGCGACGCUUUCGGCAGCUUCUUCCGACAUACUCCGCAGUUUGUUGAGGCCGUAAUCAAGGAACCUCAUCAUUUACAAAUCGUGCCGGAAAUAAUCCGAGACGUCGUGCCGUGCCCCAGCAUCUUCAGAGCCAUUCUGCGGAUCGUAUGCAUCUCCCUCAAGGUGCUGCACUUUGUGCUCAAGCUAAUCAAGACGCAGCUGUUCUAUUUCAUCGAUUUCAUCUUAUUCAAUCAACACUUGGCCUUACGUUUGAUAUUACGUGUGUUGCACCAUUUACUGGGAGGAUUCCAUUUGCUGGAACACUUUGACUGGGAACGUCCGUUGGAAUUCAUCGAGGAGCCGAUUCUGUCCCCGGUGGUUUACGAUAGCGAGGUAUUCGCCCCAGAGUACUACAAUUCGUUCAAUGAGGUGGUCUCUUCUAUCCGAGGUAUUCACGACGGCUACUUCGCGUCUGGAAUACACGACCUGUUCAAGUCUGGCGUAAGCGCCUUCACCACGACCGAGACGGUCCCUGCGUUCAGCUCGUUCCUGACGACGAUACCCUUCAUAAGCAACUUCGUGCCGUUCUUUAACUCGUUGACUGAAAGCAGCGUGUCCACUGUCGACGUGAGCGAAGUGGCUAGCCCGGUAGUCGGAGGUUUUGGUACAAUUGUGGGUGGUCUAGCCCCAGUGUUCAGUUCGUUAGCUGGUCUAGGCCCGAUUUUCCCCAAAGCCGUGGAGUCUGAAAGCGUGAGUACAUCCGUGUCCAGCACAUCGUCCAUUGUCGACGAAUCAGUGGCAGCUCCAGUGGUGGAAAGUCCUCUGAUCAACCCGUUCUAUGGUUACGGCUCUUUAAUAAGCCCGGUAGCAUCAGCUUACCCCGUCGGAUGUGAAACGCCGACUUCCGCCGUAAUCAGCGCGUCGGCAACUGUCGACGCAAUCAAUCCAGGUCUAGCGGCUCCAGUAGUAGCAGGUCCAGUAAUAGGAAAUCCUGCAUUAAUAGGAAAUCCUGCAUUAAAUCUGUAUGGUUACGGCCCUUUGAUGAGCCCGGUAGCAUCGGCUUACCCCGUCGGAUCUGAAACGGUAACUACUGCCACGGCGUCGGCAACUGUCGACGCAGUCAAUCCAGGUCUAGCGGCUCCAGUAGUAGAAGGUCCAGUAUUAGGAAAUCCUGCAUUAAUAGGAAAUCCUGCAUUAAAUCUGUAUGGUUACGGCCCUUUGAUGAGCCCGGUAGCAUCGGCUUACCCCGUCGGAUCUGAAACGGUAACUACUGCCACGGCGUCGGCAACUGUCGACGCAGUCAAUCCAGGUCUAGCGGCUCCAGUAGUAGAAGGUCCAGUAUUAGGAAAUCCUGCAUUAAUAGGAAAUCCUGCAUUAAAUCUGUAUGGUUACGGCCCUUUGAUGAGCCCGGUAGCAUCGGCUUACCCCGUCGGAUCUGAAACGGUAACUACUGCCACGGCGUCGGCAACUGUCGACGCAGUCAAUCCAGGUCUAGCGGCUCCAGUAGUAGCAGGUCCAGUAAUAGGAAACCCUGCAUUAAAUCUGUAUGGUUACGGUCCUUUGAUGAGCCCGGUAGCAUCGGCUUACCCCGUCGGAUCUGAAACGGUAACUACUGCCACGGCGUCGGCAACUGUCGACGCAGUCAAUCCAGGUCUAGCGGCUCCGGUAGUAGCAGGUCCGCUAAUGGGUCCACUAAUAGGAAAUCCUGCAUUAAAUCUGUAUGGUUACGGCCCUUUGAUGAGCCCGGUAGUUGCAUCCGGUAUGCCCGUGGAAGCCGAAUCCACGUCCACCAGCACCGUCGUUGAAACUCAAUCAGCGGUUGCUGCCGAGCCUGCUGUACCCUUAGUGUCGCCGCAGGUGGUACCUGCAGGACUAUUAUACACUUCUCUACCCUCGGUAUACGCUUCUCCCGUCAUUUCCACCGCCUUAGAGAAUACGGCGGUGUCUGAGACCUCCAGCCUGGCCGUGUCUGAAUCAGAGCCCAUUGUCGCUCUUCCCGGAAUAAGGACUGUUCCCGAAGUUGUCAGUUACGCAGCACCCAUGUAUGCUCCUGCCAUGGAGAGCACCGUAGCGGACACCUCCGUGUCCAGCGCGACAUCCAUCUCUACAGUUUCGGACGCCACUGCGCUUCCCUAUAGCGUCGGUCCACUCGGUUUGGCUUCGCCUUACGGUUCCGGUAUGGCACCCUGGCUCGCUGGAUACGAGGGUCGAUAUUCUGCAGCCGAUUUGCUACGGUUAGGAUAUCCUCUGGCCCGUCCUCUAGGAUUCCUCUCCUCUGCGGCUCCUGUCGCGGAAUCUGGCGUUUCCGAAACUGUUGAGAAAACCAGUGUCGUUUCUCGCCGCAACUACAGCCUCGUCCUGCCCAGGGAGAAGAUCAUCGGCGUUUUAGGCAGCGAUUGUAUAACGCCGGGAGACGUCGUGGCCGUCACCCUGAGAAACAAGUCUAUCUUGUACGGUAACGUGCUGGAUGCCGAAAGCCCGAUCACCUUCAGUUUCCUGAGGCCGAGGCUGACCGGUUUUGCUCUGCGCAAAGGCGCUCGAGUUUGGAAUAUCAUGCACAGCGACUUCACGGAUCCUGAAUGUCUCGACAUAUUCAACGAUCCGGUGCUUCUGAGCUAUUAGGUUCCGAAUACCAUAUCUCGCAACUAGUCUUAAAACAUUAUUGACUAUCAACGGUAUCAACGUGUAUUAAACAAUUGUAUUGGACAGUAUCAACCAGUAUUAAACAAUUGUAAUUCGGUCGAUUGCAAAUAAAGAUCUGUCUUCUAAA